AUGCACAAGCCAGCAUCUAGAAGAAGAAAAGAAUAUAAAAGAAGUCAGUCCGUGCCGUCAUCUUCCCUACUCCCAUUCCAGCUUCUUCCUCUUCCUUCUCAUUAUCUUUACCAACAACAUUCAUGCGACUGCCACCAAAUCAUGUUACAACAACAGCCACAUUAUUGUCAUCAAUCACAACAACAACCGCAACAACAACCUAGUCUAGAUAAGUUACAACGCUUUCAGCAGCAACAAUAUCAUUGCCACAGCCAGCCACAGUAUUUUUGCUGCUUGCAACUGCAUCAGCAGCAACAGCAGCAUGAACAGCAACUUCAACAACAGCAGCGAGACCAGCUGCAGAAACAAACAAUGCGACACUCAACUACGACAACACAUUUCAAUCCAAUUAGCGAUGUACGACGCUUUUCGCAAGCAGCCACAAGCGUCCCUAACUACAAAAUGAAAUUUCCUAAAACAACAACAUCCUCUUUGUCGUCAUCUUCAUCUGUCAAGAACUACUCCAGCGACAACCACAACGAUGACGAUGACGUCAACGACAUGAAUGAGAGACCCCCGAACAAAAACGAAUGCGCUGGUCACAGCUGGAGCAUAUUUAAUCGAAAUUCAUUCAAGAGACACGCACAGAACACUUUCAACAUCAACAACAACAACAACAACAGAAACAUGUUCACAACAAAUUUCAAGACAACAACAAAUUUUUCAAGUGGUAGUAUUAGCGGCUGCAGUGGCGCUAGCUGUUAUCAAAAAAGGAAGCCUUCUUCGACGUCAUCUGCAACAACGCCACUGGCAUCGAUGACGUCAGCAAACAACAACAACAACAACAAUGAAUCGACAACAGCUCUGGAUCAUUCUCCGUGCCCUACACCAAGUCCGAACAGUGUCAAGUCAUUCAACCGAACACCCAGCUCCCCUUCCAUACUUUUUAAUAAAGUUAAGGAUAAGAUCAGGGAGAAAGUCAUGGAGGCUUCCACGGAAUGGCCACAGAUGGCGAUCAUAAUCCAGGAACGUAGGCAGAAAGCUGUGGAAGAGUUUGAAGCCCGCCUGCAGAAACUUCAACAGGUGUACCACCAAUUUUACACCAGUGACCACAGCUGCUCUAGUGCUGGCUUCUUGCGUGGCCACCAGCGACGACACACGCAGCAGUACCCACUGCGCACAAUCAGCAGCGAUCAAAUUCUCUUCCAACGACAGCUUCACCAGCAUCAACAGCAGCAGCAACAACUACUGUACUAUCGUCAGCGAACGAAGUCUGAAUCUAGCAGUCUCAUGGCGUCUUUGUUUAGGAAUGAAUUCGAUUUAAACAACAGCAGCAGUGGUAGUAGGGGGAGCAAGGAUGGCAAGCAGGAGAAAAGUUUAUUCAGGUCCAGCAUCGAUAAAAUAUUCUUGAAUAAGAGAAACAGUUCGAAGAAGAAAAACUCAAUCACGAGCAUAUUAAGUCCUAGCAGUGCACUCGCAAACAACGCAACAACAAACGCCAGCAACAACUUCGGCAACAUUAACAACAACAAUAACAACACCAGCACGAAAGGAAACAUGAAAAGUGGUCUGAAGAAGAAUAAAAAGUUGCACCGUGUCGGUGGCUCCGUAGAUGUUCAGAUGGCUCGAUCCGUCUUCCGGCGAAGAUCCAUAAGUGAUGACAUCACGGACAACUCACGUGCAAGAAACGUGAGUAGUGGGAGCGACGGAGUUGUUUGUUCGAACGAAGAUCUCAUGGCUAUUAUUGAAGAACAUCAGAUUAGAAGAAGUAUGCUGGCACGACUGACACGUGGAAAAACAUUGGACAACGAGUGCAGUGGUGUUGAAUUUGAACUUAACUCUUCAAGACGCAUGUCUUUCCUCUACAACACCAUCAAAUCAGUUAGUAACAACAACGAAGAAGAUGUUGAUGAACAUGAACAUGUUAAUAACUUCAAUCAGAAUUCAAGCUGUCAUCCGUCUCCGAUUUCUGAAAAGAAAACAACGGAAAUGAGAACUGCCGGAAACGUCAACCAGUGUUCUAAAAUGGGCUCUUCAAAUUCAAGUGCCGAUAAGACAGGCGCUUCUGAUGUGGAAUACACGAGCGCAAACUCGUCCGCACGAAAUGCCAAACUAAUAACUUUGAGAAAUAAUAAAAUAAAUAAAAAAAUAGACGAAGAUGUCAGUGUUGAUGUUGUAGCCAGAGAUGAUGAUGGAGUUGAUGCUAAUUACAUUCGACCUGCUAAACCAAAUAAUUACGGCGAAUUGUCACCGAACAAAGUAGACGCAGAAAUAAUUGGUCAAGCCAUUCAACUGCACCUGGAAAAAAUCAUUAAAGAAAAAAACAACGACAACAGUUGUCACGUAAAUACUUUUGUUCAAGCGGAAACAGAUGACGACGACAAUUAUAACAAAAAUUUUAUCUCAUUCGAAGUUAUUCACACGAAAAAAGAAAAAUUAAAAGAAAGCACGAAUGCGGCGGCUAAAACGAAAAAAGGAUCGACACAUAUCUUCACAAAAAUCUUUUCUUCUUUGUCUCAAGUUUCUGGUGAAGUCCGUGAUUAAUGCUUUAUAAAAUUCCGAGUCAAUCUCUGAAGAGCUACAAUAUUUCGUCAACAUUUAUGGACAUUUUGUAUUAUUUUUAUGACAUUACAACGCAUCUUUUAUAUAUUUUUAUGUGCAUGAUUCCAUAGAUACUGGCCUAGUAUGAUUUGUUGCCCAAUAGAACUUAUUUUUAUCACCAUUUUCGACUGCCUGAGGUAUACGGUCACAUUAUUUUGUCACAUAUUUGUAUAAAAAUAAUAAAAGUUGUUACGAAAA